CUUCGCUGAAGUUCAUGGAAAACCUCGACAGCACGAACAACUCACUAUGGAUCCUUUAACGGCGCUAUCGCUGGCAGGAAACGUUGUUCAGUUUGUUGAAUUCGGCCGCCAAUUGCUAUCGCAGAGCCGCGAGCUCUAUAGAUCAACACGGGGGUCUCUGGCUGCUGACGAUGAACUUCAUCUUGUCACGGCCGACCUACGUGCACUGAUUCUGAAGCUCCGCAACACCUCCGGCCGCGAUAGCCAAGAUGUAUCACAAGACUUCCGGAAAAUUUGUGAUGAGGCUGUUGCAUUGGCGGAGGAGAUACUCACCCGUAUAGAUGGCUUGAAAGUCGCUGGGAAGCAUCGAGCAUGGAAAAGCUUUCAGCAAGCGAUCAAGAGUGCAUGGUCACGCAGAGAGACAGACGGUCUAGUCAAGAGGCUAGCCACAUUAAGCCAGGCCUUGGAAACUCGUGUCUUGAUUUCUUUAAGAGGACAACUUGAUACACUGUCUGAACAGGUAUCAGACAGAUUCAACCUGCUAGACGUAAAGACGAAACAGAUUGUCGCGGCGUUAUUAAGUCUACAGCCAAACCCCCCUGAACGUCUUUCCACCGACAUAAGAGAUCAAACCCGUACUCUCACGCAGUUGCUGAGCCGCGCCGGCAAUUCUUCAGAGAAUGAGAAUCGCCAGACUCGCGCAUCGUUGGUUCGUGGCAGCCAAUUUGAGCAAUAUCAUGAAUUAUCGACAAGCAAUAUGAUUAUUCCGUCCGUCGAAAUGCUCGACGUUUCUCGAGAAGAGGAAGACCUCUUCAGAUCGAGCGUUCAGCGAAAGAUACUUGCAAAUCUUGCAUUUUCUGCAAUGACACAACGUUACGAGGAUGUUGCAGAUGCCCACCAGGAAACCUUCGAAUGGAUUUUCCAUGAUAAGACAGCACAGCAGCUUUUUUGGAGUAACUUCUCGGAGUGGCUUGCGUCGGGCAGUGGAAUAUACUGGGUAAAUGGAAAAGCCGGCUCAGGAAAGUCUACACUACUCAAAUUCACCUACGAAGAUUCCAGAACGAAAGCACAUCUGCGAUCUUGGGCCGCUAUGACUCCUCUUGCCACAUCAGCCUUCUUUUUCCGGAAUAGCGGCACUUGUGAGCAGAAAUCUCAGGCAGGGCUUCUAAGAACCAUAUUGCAUGAUAUUUGGAGCCAGUAUCCUCAAUUGAUUCCAAUUUUAAUACCGUUGGAAUGGGCAAGGACUUAUUCUCACCUUUUAAAUCAGAUUGGUGAUGGCACAAUCAUAUCUUGGUCUCUGAAAAGGUUGAUGGCAAUUUUCGAAAGCCUUGUAAAACAGACUGUGGUGCCACUCAAGUUCGUUCUUUUCAUUGACGGACUCGACGAAUACGACGGAGAUCAUGAGGAGCUUGGCGAAUUCUUCAAGAGCAUUUCGUGCUUGCCGCAUGUCAAAAUUUGCGUAUCGAGCAGACCAUGGGUGGUCUUUCAGGAUCUUUUCAGGGACCGGCCAAGCUUACGGCUUCAAGACCUCACGUGGGCAGACAUAGAGCGCUUUGUGAUCGAUAGGCUCCAAUCAAGUGAGGCAUAUCGCAGACUGGAGUCCAAUGAUUCGAGAUCCGCAUUUGUCCUCGUCCAAGAGAUUGUGCAAAAGGCUGAUGGAGUCUUCUUGUGGGUGAAGCUUGUUGUCAGAUCACUGCUGGAAGGUUUUCGCAACCGUGACACUAUUCCAGAUCUACAAAAGCGCUUGCGCCUCUUCCCUAGAGAGCUUGAACCACUCUACGAUCAUCUAUUCAGUCUAAUUGAGCCAAUCUAUAAGGAAUGGGCGUCCAUGGCUUUUCAAAUUAUGAGAGCAGCCCAGAAUUGUCGCAAUUGUAUGGUGUCCACGGAUGACACACCACCCCUUACAACUCUGGCGCUAUACCUUGCCAUAAACGAGGAUAUCAGUCCUGCCAGAUCACCAAGGAUUACUUCUGGUCAUCUUCUGAAAAACCUUCAAGAUAUAUCCUUCCAGCUCACCGCUCGUUGUGCAGGACUACUCGAGGUCAUGGACGAUUCCCAAGAACGCUAUCGACAGUAUACCCUUUUUGGCGUCAGCCCGAAGACUAUUAAAUGGCUACAUAGAACGGCAAGAGAUUACAUAGAGCAUCCUCUAAAAUGGAACGAAUUGGUUACACUGACCGCCGGAACUCGAUUUAACCCUGCCACGAGUAUGUUGAGAUCCUGCGUGGACUUACUCGAGCUUGACAGAAUGGAAAUCGAUACUGAAGCACAAGACGACGAUUCCAGACGUAGAUUCGACGACCAUGUUUGGUUUUUAUCAAACGCUGCAUUAAUCUAUGCAUACCACAGCAACUAUCAAACAAGGAAUCCCCAGUGCACUAUCCUUGACCGACUAUCUCACCUUCUAUCAACCCCAUGCAGGGGUGGAGGCGAUCCAUACUUACAACAUAAUCAAUACUGGCAGACAUACAAUUCUGGAAUGGCUGGGUUCAUGCACAACGCUAAUAUUCAUGGAUUCUUAAGUUUGGCAGUCAUAUAUGGGCUUGUUCCUUACGUUCGGGAAAAGCUCAGAUACCAGUCUUCGGGUCGCCCAAUCGCAGCCUCAUAUGCGUCGAUGCUGCAAUAUGUUCCGAGUAUUGCAAAUAAUCACCAAAGUUGCGAUUAUCCUCCCCCAUGCUUUGAGAUGGUAGAGCUAUUUCUCCAGCUUGGAGCAGACCCAAACGCGCGGUACGAUUCUGGUUCGAGCGCUUGGGAGAAGGCAUUGCAUGGUGUUGCCAACUUAGUCCACAGAUUUCCCGGUCAUGAAUAUGGGAGGGACUAUUUAAAAAUAGUUUCUCUGCUUAUCAAGCAUGGAGCUAGCCCCUUUGCGAAAAUAAAGGGCCCGUCAGAAGAGAUGCCUAAUCAGGAUUUGGGGUUGGAACAAGAAAUUUCCCCUAGACUUACGGCCUCACAAGUCCUAGAAGCCGCUAGUUCUAUCUUCCCAGAAGAAGCAGGCAAUAUACUUCAGGAAUUAAGAAAUCACAACCCUCCAAGACGGGAAAACUGGCGACAACGAUAG